UUUAGUAACAAAAGGUUUUCGUAUGAUUUAGUUUAGAGAUACCUUAAAAAACACUUUAUAAAUAUCUCCUAAGCAAUCCUUAUAUUUUCAUAUUGGUAAUCAACUUCUUCCUGAAGGUAUUAUUAAUUUAAUUCUUAAUUAGAUGUAAAAUUAAUAGAUAUAUACGAGAAGAAAAAAGACCCAGAAGAUGGGUUUUUAUACAUCACUUAUUCUGACUUAGAAGUUUUUGGUUGA